AAGCCAUCCGGGUGGUCCGAUUACUCCGAAUACCAAGGUAUUGUAGGAAGAGACUCGGAGGUGGGUCGGGAUGAAAGCGGUGUUAAACAUUUUUCUUCUUCAUGCCUAUUAUAGACUUAGUGAGCAGGUGAGACAAGCAUGCAUGCCGCUGAGUCUAGGAGGAAGGAAAAUACCACCGAGACUUAUAAUCUAAGUGGUUGAAUCUAUUCCCCCCACGACGGUAUGACAUCAUUUUGCGGCUCGCUGCAGUAUGUAUUUAUGUUUCCAUCAUAGUACAUCUGCAUAGUAUCCAUGUAGUUUUGAUGAUCCAUGUCAUGUUCCACUUAUAUCCCACUUAUUUCCCACCUACAGCUGGCGGAUCUUGUUCUUCGUCAUGGAUAUAAAACAUUAGUAUGGCUCGAGGCAGAGAGGGGUUCAGAAAUUCUCUUUCGACAUCGGUCUCCUCCUUAUCUCAAACAUUUUGAACAUAUUUAUAGAGGCUUUCUUAAGUGUAUCAUACUCAAGAAAGUCGAAACAUAAUCUUACAUUGAACAAAAACCAUAUCAGAAAUAGAUUCAGUUUAAAUCAUUAAACAUGCCUCAACAAAUCCCUACCGCUACCAAACUAGUCGACCUCUUUAGUUUGAAGGAUAAGGUCAUCGUCAUCACUGGCGCUUCCGGUCCCCGGGGAAUGGGCAUCGAAGCAGCACGUGGGUGCGCUGAGAUGGGCGCUAAUAUCGUCAUUACCUACUCUACGCGUAAGGACGGCGCAGAUAAGAAUGCCAAAGAUCUACAAGAUACCUACGGUGUUAAGGUUAGGUCACACUACUUGGACAUUUCACAUUUCGACAACUGUCAGAAGUUGGUCGACGAUGUUGUGAAGGAAUUCGGUCACAUUGACGGCUUCAUUGCCAACGCCGGUGCUACAGCCGAUGGUGGUGUCAUUGAUGCUUCCAGCGCAGACUGGGACAAGGUCAUCCAAGUCGACUUGAACGGUACCGCCUACUGUGCCAAGGCAGUUGGUCCUCUUUUCAAGAAGCAGGGUCAUGGUUCCUUCGUCAUUACUUCUUCUAUGUCCGGCCACAUCGCCAACUUCCCUCAAGAACAAACCUCUUACAACGUUGCUAAGGCUGGUUGCAUCCACAUGGCACGCUCUUUAGCCAAUGAGUGGCGCGACUUCGCCCGUGUCAAUUCCAUAUCUCCCGGCUACAUCAACACUGGUCUGUCGGACUUCAUUGCCAAGGACACGCAGAACUUAUGGUACUCAAUGGUCCCAAUGGGUCGUCCUGGUGAUGCGAGAGAAUUGAAGGCUGCAUAUGUAUACUUGCUCAGCGAUGCCAGCUCAUACACUACCGGUGCAGAUAUCGUUAUCGAUGGAGGGUACGUUUGCCGAUAAAUGUGGAAGAAAAGUGAUUAUUUCUGCGUAAAUACCUAGGUACCUUGGAGGAUAUUUCGGGCAUAAAUAAGGGGCGCCUGGGG